AUGAUUGAGGAGAGUGGGAAGAGGAGGAGGACAAUGGCAGAGAAGAGACAGCUGUUCAUGGAAAUGAGAGCACAGAAUUUUGAUGUCAUCAGACUUUCAACGUAUCGAACAGCCUGUAAACUGCGGUUUGUACAAAAAAGAUGUAAUCUUCAUCUUGUUGAUAUCUGGAAUAUGAUUGAAGCCUUCCGAGAUAAUGGCCUUAACACUUUGGAUCAUAACACAGAGAUCAACGUGUCUCGACUAGAAACAAUCAUUUCAUCCAUCUACUACCAGCUAAACAAACGCCUUCCUUCUACUCACCAAAUCAGUGUAGAGCAAUCCAUCAGCCUCCUCCUCAACUUCAUGAUAGCAGCAUAUGACAGCGAGGGCCAUGGGAAGUUGACGGUAUUUUCAGUGAAAGCUAUGUUAGCGACAAUGUGUGGCGGUAAAAUACUGGACAAACUCAGAUAUAUUUUCUCUCAAAUAUCAGAUUCAAAUGGACUAAUGAUAUUUACCAAGUUUGAUCAGUUUUUGAAAGAAGUUCUAAAACUUCCAACAGCCGUGUUUGAGGGGCCUUCUUUUGGAUACACGGAGCAUUCUGUACGGACCUGUUUCCCACAACAA